AUGGAAAUCAUCACCAAUGUGCAGGGCCCGUUUCUUACAUACGCGGCAAUGAAUGUUUUCUGCCAUGCCAUGAACGCAGGUCUGUAUCGAUCAAGUGACGUGGAAGAGGAGGUUGGAAUUCUUGAACAAGUCAUUCCCCAGUGGUCACAGAGGCGGUUUCUAUCACCCUACCUUUAUGGGCUACACCUAGGCAGGAUUGGCGACAGACUAUUGGAUAUUGCCGCUUCCUGUGGCAUGUAUGAUGUGGUAGAUUACUUGCUCUCGCACGGCCAGGGAGUCAACGAUUGCAAUGACGAGGGAUACACUGCGCUUCAUUAUGCAGCCCGCUGGGGACAGGAAGACGUGGCCAAACUACUUCUCAGGAUAGGGGCGAAUCGGUCGGCAACGAGAACUAAUAAUAAUAUGCCAAUCGCAGAGGCAGCAUAUGGGGGUCAUCUCCAACUCGUCAAGUUAUUGCUCCCACGAGAUCCUGAUCGAUUUCGCCAUAUGUCGUUAUCGAAGAGUCAGGCAGACGCUGGAUACCUCGGGAAGGCCCUUCAGCGAGCAGCCGGUGCUGGUCGGGAGGAGGUAGUGCGUCUCCUUCUUCAAUUCGGAGCAGAUGUUUUAUCUGGGACUGGAAUCAACGCAUUACCUGUGGCCUCGCGCCGGGGUCAUAUCCGGAUAGUUAGGCUGCUACUUGAUGUUGGUGCUGAUAUGAAUGUCACCACUGCGCUAUAUGGAAGUGCUUUACAAGAGGCCUGUUCUGAGGGCAGAGAUAAUGUGGUGCAGGCACUCCUCCAGCGAGGAGCCGAUAUCAACCUUCACUCUCCGGUCUUAGGUACCCCGCUACACGCAGCCUCGCGCGGGGGAUACCCUGCGAUUGUACGAAGGCUGAUCGCUGGUGGUGUAGAGGUCAAUACCUUAUGUUUUACCCCAAUGACUGGCCACCAAAUUAGUGCGCUGCACGAUGCAGUGCACUACGGCGAUGUUGCGACCGUCCAAGUGCUGCUCGAGAGCGGAGCCGAUAUAAACGCCGGCUGUGGAACUUGCGGUACACCUCUGUUGUCAGUCAUUAACAGGCUGAACCCACCGGAGAAGCAAGCCGAAAUAUUUGAACUGCUCGUCGAGUGCGAAGCCGAUUCAUCCAUACCAGACAUAAAUGGCAAUACACCACUACAUCGUGCAGCAUCCCAAUGUAGCCCUGUCCUACUUAGGUUGCAAAACGAAUCUGACCUUUUCAGCAUACGGGAUCUGUUUGGAAGAAUACCGUUGCACUAUACCGUCAGGGCAUUGGAAGCCAAUCUAGAUGGUGCCUGGAUGGUCCUUAAGCAUACUUAG